ACUAUUAUUGUUACUGUAUUAUUAUUUUAAUUAUUAUAAAUUUACCAUUACAUCCGUUCGCUCCACUGCACUUUCUCUACCAGAUCCAAGAUCUGAUUCCUUCUCAGCCUAGCUGCAGGCUGUUGUUCAUUUCUUUAUCUCAAGCUAAUUUAAACGCGCGCGAUUGUUGAAUUCAAUCAUGUCAAGGAGACAAGUGAGUUCUACGCGCCGAUUAGUUGACAGUGGAAGCUUCCCCUUCUCCGGAGCUUUACAUUCGAAAUCGCGUUCUUCUCCCGUCUUAUCCGUUGCUCUUGUUCUUCUGGGCGCCUUCCUUCUUUUCGUUUAUGCGUUCAGUGGCUCGGGUGUUUUUGGGGGUGCCAGAGAAACUGUUACUAGAGUCGAAGGUGACUUUUCUUGCACAUCAGAAGUUCAUGGAGCCUUACCUAUUCUAAAGAAGGCAUAUGGUGAUAGCAUGCACAGAGUUUUGCAUGUGGGCCCUGAUACUUGUUCUGUAGUCUCUGCGUUGUUGAAAGAAGAGGAAACUGAAGCGUGGGGUGUGGAACCUUAUGACAUAGAAGAUGCAGAUGCAAGAUGCUCAAGCCUUGUACACAAAGGCCUUGUGCGUGUGGCUGAUAUCAAGUUCCCUCUGCCAUACCGAGCAAAGUCAUUUUCUCUUGUUAUUGUGUCAGAUGCUCUAGAUUACUUAUCUCCAAAAUACCUGAACAAGACACUUCCAGAUUUGGCAAGGGUGGCUGCUGAUGGUGUUGUUAUUUUCGCAGGAUACCCUGGCAAACAGAGAGCCAAAAUUUCAGAGUUAUCCAAAUUUGGACGGCCAGCGAAAAUGCGGAGCUCGUCUUGGUGGGUUCGCUAUUUUGUCCAGACAAACUUAGAAGAAAAUGAAACUGGUAUAAAGAAGUUUGAGCAGGCUGCAGCCAAGAAGUCAUACCAGCCAAGCUGUCAAGUAUUCCACCUCAAACCAUUAACAUAAAACAUUUACAAGAUUUCUCAAUUUCUCCCCAGAAAAGGAAAAAAAGAUAUAUAGCUGUCUAAACACUGUUGGGUAAUUUAAUUUGUUAAAAGAGGUUGUUGAUAUCACCUAUGUUGUGACAUAAAAUAUUAUACGGGCAUUAUUUAUUUAUUAAUUCAAUUAUGAGGAAUAUAUUUGUUCUUCAGUUUGAUCAUG